UAAGAAAGCGGAGCGGAGCAGGUUUCAAAUGCUGAGGUGGCUCUCUCUUAUUGGACACCCUAUUUUCCCCUCUCUUAAACACACACACUCUCUCCCAAAAAUCUCUCUCUAGAAAAAUACUAUACUACUUUCCUGGCCGUCGUUGCUUUCUUGAUCGAAUGUCCAAGUCUCCAAUAGUUGCGUUUUCAGAUCACCAUUUCGAGCUUUUCAGCUUCACCAUCGCCAAUGCAGAAUCAACCCUAUCUCCUUCUAGGGUUUCCGAAGCCGGAUUUCAGCACUUUGGCCUCUGAUUCACUGAAGGCUUCACACACAUUCUUUUGAUUCUUCAGCCUCACCAUUUUCUAGGGUUUACGUAAUGCACUACCACUUCUAGAUGUGCAUUUUCAAUAUCGCUGUAUAUUCAGUACAUUUGCCCUAGAUAGUGAAUGUUACACACACUUUAGCCCUAGUUUUGUUGAAAUUGGGGUGAAUACCAAGCUCUACUCAAUGUCGGGACCACCACGAGUCAAAUCGGUGAACUGUACAGAUUCGGAAUCGAGGCCGGUCCUUGGACCAGCAGGAAACAAGGCGAGAUCGUUGGAUAUGCUCAAGCCGGUCUCGAAACCUCAGAGGAAAGUAGAUAAACCGCAAGAAAUUGAUGAAGCCAAGGCAAAGAAAGCUCCAUCAUUGUUACCGUCUCCCAAAUUGUCUCCGUCACAGUCACCGUCACCGCCGCAUUGUGUCACUGUGCCGUCGAUUUUGAAACACCAGAACAACAGGGUGUUGAAGUCGAAUUUGUCGCUCAAUGCGUCGUGUUCGUCCGAUGCGUCAACCGAUUCGUCAAAUAGUCGGGCUUCGACCGGGAGGAUAAGCCGACGCACUGGAACACCCGUCCGGAGAAAGCAUUGUGCUUCAAGGACUGAAAAAAUUGUUGUUGAUACUGACAGUAUAUCGGCUGCUUCAACUGACCCUUCACUGGUCAAGAAAAGGUGUGCUUGGGUGACUCCCAACACUGAUCCAUGUUAUGCUGAAUUUCAUGACAAAGAAUGGGGAGUUCCAGUCCAUGAUGACAAGAAACUGUUCGAAUUGCUCAUCUUUUCCACUGCUUUGGCUGAACUUGCAUGGCCUGCCAUUCUCAACAAAAGGCAUAUGUUUAGGGAAGUCUUUCUGGAUUUUGAUCCAAUUGCCGUCUCAAAAUUAAAUGAGAAGAAGAUAGUGAUACCAGGAAGCUUCGCCAGCUCUCUUCUAUCAGAACUGAAGCUGCGAGCCAUCAUUGAAAAUGCACGUCAAAUUUGCAAGAUAAAAGAUGAGUUUGGAUCUUUCGACAAGUAUAUUUGGGGCUUUGUAAACCACAAGCCUACAGUUGGUCAAUUCCGGUAUCCUCGUCAGGUUCCCAUUAAGACAUCCAAAGCAGAUGCAAUAAGCAAAGACCUUGUUAGAAGAGGAUUCCGAGGCGUGGGGCCUACAGUCGUUUACUCAUUCAUGCAAGUGGCCGGAAUAACAAAUGACCAUCUCAUCAGUUGCUUCAGGUUCCCGGAGUGUGUAGCUGCAGCAGAUGCAAGGGAUAAAGAUGACCGACUCAAAGAUAAGGUUGAAGACAAACAACCCGAGAAUGCAACUGACUUGGGGCUAGCAACAGCCAUUGAUGAGUUGAGCUUACCGGCAGAGUAAUAUUGUUAAAUGGGUUGUAAUUUACACCAUGAAAGUGUGAUUAGCCAUUUCUAGUUCACGAAAUUUUGUUGGCUGGUUAAGGAAAGGGAUGAUGGGGUGAGAGGGAGGUGUUAUUUAUGUACAAAUGAUCUUAUGUAUUAUCCUGUUUCUUGCUUUGUAGAUCAAAAAUAGAAUUUGGCAUCCAGAAA